AUGACCGCCCUCAAAGGCAGUCACACGGCUGGUAUAUACGCUGAUAUGACUGUGGAUGGACCUGAGAUCGGCACCCUCGUCGUGAUCAUUGAUCGAGCCAAGAAUCUUCCCAAUCGGAAGACCAUGGGAAAGCAAGACCCAUAUUGUGCAGCAAGACUCGGGAAAGAAGCCAAGAAGACGGAGACGGACAAGAGAGGAGGACAAACACCUCGAUGGGACCAGGAGCUUCGGUUCACUGUCCACGACUCCCCCGAUUAUUACAAGCUCAAAGUCUCCGUAUUCAAUGACGAUAAGAAGACCGAAUUGAUCGGAGAGGUUUGGCUUGGGUUAGAAGAUAUUGUUGUGCGAGGAGGCGGACAAAACGAUCUAUGGCAUACUCUCAGUUGCAAAGGACGCUAUGCAGGUGACAUUAGGAUUGAGCUUACUUAUUACGAUACCCGGCCCAAAGACAAUAAGGUGGAGGAUCGCAGACAGUCUACUCCAACUGAAGAUACGCCAGAGGCUCCUAGAGAAGGACUCAGCGGACCUCGUCAACCUCGUCCGAUGAAGCGACGGCCCUUGCCUAGGAAUCCAACAGAAGCAACGCCGCCAUCUUCUCAUCCUCAAACCCCUCAAAGCAUGCAUCACGAGCAACCCCCUAUACCGCAGCAGCGUCACGUAGAGUCUCCAGAUGAUUACCAAUUCUACACGCCUCCCCAACAACCUCAACACCAUCAAUAUCAAGAGCAGUCUCGAAACGACCUGCCGGACAUUGAUGAUGGAUACUCUGCACAUCAGGGCUACAGUCCUCAGCAAUAUUCUCUACCACCAUUGCCUGUACGCUCGUCACCUCUCCAUCAAGUCAAUCCGCAACCACCUCAAAACCUCUAUCAUGACGAACUGGAAGAUAACGUGUACCCUCCGCAAAUGCCACAGCAUCACCAUCACCGUCAACCAUAUGCUGAGGAGGAGGAUGACAGCGCCACUCACUCAUAUAUUGAAGAUCGCACCACUCUGCCUCAACAGGGGCUUCCAAGGCCACAGCCACAGAGAUAUCACCAAGUUCAGAAACAGCUACCCAUUACACCUCAUGGCACAGUCUCUUCGCAACAGCAGAGGCCUACGAAUUCAGUAGAUUCAUAUGGCACCUACGUGAGCUCGCCACCUAGCUCACUACGUCACGAGUCUCCUGAGACUUGGUCUGAUCAAGGCAAUGGUCUUGAUGAUGACGAUGGCCCACCUCCUCCUCCGACCCAUCGAGAAAGCAGCUCCCGUUCUUUGCCUCAAACGCCCCAAAAUAGCGAUCUACGAGGAUACGCAAGUGCUCCCGCUCCGUCUCCCUUACAAGCUCGCAAUCAGAGAACGAGCAUCUCCCACAGCCCACUAUCACAGGUACAUACGGUCCAAGCCAACCCAGCGGGCAUGCUCUCAACUUCACCAAGUCCUUAUGAGCACUCUCACCAUUCCAACUCUGCAUCAUCUCGACAUUCCCUGCCCCAAAACCGCCAGCGGCAAACGCACCCGCCAGUCAGAGAAUCGAUGCCAUCAAGCCUGGUUGCCGGCUACGAAGCUAGAGCUACCCCAGAUGAGGAGAGCGUGUCAUCCGAUCCUCGUCACAUCGAACCACAUCCUCACUUCUUGCAACAGAUACCUCGUGAGCAACAGAUGUCUGAGCCUGUCUUGCCAACCCAGAGACAAGUUCUUGCGCAGAGGCAAGUCCCUCUCAAUGCAAUACGUCCUGGGCUUGAUCCACGAGGACAUCGGAAUUCAGUCCCUGUACCAGGUAUGAGACCGGGCAUAUCUAAUCCAGACCUUCGCACGCCUAAGCGAAAGUCCGUCAGUAUUCAACAACCUGGCUCAGCUCCUCACGAACGCCCACAGUCCGACCUUCCAUUUUCCCCAGACUCCUUCAACACCUUCAAUCCACAGAUAGACUCCGCAAAUACCAUCAACCAAGCCGGUCCCGCCUACACCACCCCCGAUCAAGCGCGAGAAGCGGCAGUUCAGCACGACCGCGACCUCCAGCGCGGCGACGGCCCCAUAAUCGGCAACGACGGCCGCGUCAUCGACCCCUCCGACCACCUCCCCGCUGACACAUGGGCGCCUGAACCCGAACAGAAAGCCCCGAAGCGCGGGCCCGAAGUCACGCUCAGGUUCAAACAUAGCCCUCAAUCAUCUGCGCGUCCUAUGCCCCAACCCGCCGCCGCGAGAAGAGCCCCGCUCGCGGAAGCUCGACCAAAUGCCCUGCCCAUGCAGCACCCUACCAUGCCACAACAGACGCAAUCUUAUAGUGCGGAUAAUUCGCCCGUCUCAUCUUCCGCGCGGGCGAGGCUGCAGAAGAAAUCACGCGUCGGUAUGGGUAUGGGGGCCCCGAAUUCUAGCCCUGUUGUCCCUACUCUCGAAACUGCUGCCGCUGCGCCUAGGCAAUUCCCCACCAUGCCGAGGCAUUCAGCGUCGGACUACCCAAUACGUGAGCGAGAGAACUAUGGCUUUAUGGGUGGCAGUCCAACGUACGGUGGUGAUGGGAGGUCGCCUGGUGGUAGUGGAGGGGGAAGGGCACCCCCUGUGCCGAUGAAGGUGCCAAUUGGCAGUGGACAGGAGGAUUGGGGGAAUCCGGCUGAUAGGGCGUUGAGCGAGGAGUUGAGGGGGAUUGAUAUUGGUGUUUCUCCGCACUCUCAUGUUGGUAGUGGUGGAGCGCAGGCUGGGGGUGGGAGUGGGCACAAGGCUAGGGUCAGGAGAUUCGGGUUUUAA